CCGAAAUUGUCGAAAGAAAGAAAGAAAGAAAUUUCAUUCUCUCCUCUUUGCUACGGCGGCGAAGAGUUAAAUUACCACUAUACUUAUUCCUUUUUAACUUUCAUAGACUUCCCGCUAUCUCUCUGUUAUUCUUCUUCUUGGCUCUCUAAUGGCGGCCAUUUCAACUCUAAACUCGCCAGCCCACUUCCCGAAAGCUUCUUCAGACUUUAAUCUCCCUCUUUCCAUCUCAAAGUCUUCGCCUUUUUCACCGCCUCUUUCGUUUUCAAUCUCCAAAUUUAACAGGAGAUUUCAUAAGUCCAAGAGUUUGGUGGUCUCUGCAGCAACUGUUGAUAAUACUAUCAAUAAUAGCUCCUUUCCUGCCCCGUCAGCCACCCGCUCGAAGGUUAGACGGCACACGAUUUCUGUGUUUGUAGGUGAUGAAAGUGGAAUGAUAAAUCGUAUUGCUGGAGUCUUUGCAAGAAGGGGAUAUAACAUUGAGUCCCUUGCUGUUGGUCUGAACAAGGACAAGGCACUCUUCACCAUAGUUGUCUCAGGAACUGACAAAGUGCUGCAGCAAGUUGUGGAGCAGCUUCAGAAACUUGUUAAUGUUUUGAAGGUUGAAGAUCUCUCAAAUGAGCCCCAGGUAGAACGUGAACUAAUGCUUAUAAAAGUAAAUGCCUAUCCAGAAUAUCGUGCUGAGAUCAUGUGGCUGGUGGACAUAUUUAGAGCGAAAAUUGUGGAUAUCUCUGAACACUCAGUAACAAUUGAGGUGACUGGAGAUCCAGGGAAGAUGGUUGCUGUGGAAAGGAAUUUAAGCAAGUUUGGAAUCCAAGAAAUUGCAAGAACCGGAAAGAUUGCCUUGAGAAGGGAAAAAAUUGGCGCUUCUGCUCCAUUCUGGCGAUUUUCAGCAGCUUCAUACCCUGAUCUUGAAGGACCAACAUCAGUUAGUGGUCUUAAGGGGAGAGGAGAUAAAUCAUAUACUGGUGGAACUGAUGCAUCUGCACGGGGAGAUGUGUAUCCAGUGGAAUCGGAUGAUGUCUUUCCAUUUAAUCAAGUGCUUGAUGCUCACUGGGGUGUCCUUAAUGAUGAAGAUACAAGCGGACUCCAAUCACAUACUCUUUCGAUACUUGUAAAUGAUUCUCCGGGAGUUCUUAAUGUUGUUACAGGGGUUUUUGCUCGAAGGGGCUAUAACAUUCAGAGUUUGGCAGUUGGACAUGCAGAAACAGAGGGGCUUUCACGAAUUACUACUGUUGUUCCUGGUACAGAUGAAUCAGUUAGCAAGUUGGUGCAGCAACUUUAUAAGCUAAUAGAGAUACAUGAGGUUAAAGAUCUUACUCAUUUGCCAUUUGCCGAACGAGAAUUGAUGAUGAUAAAGAUUGCUGUAAAUGCUACUGCUCGGCGAGAUGUCCUCGACAUUGCCAGCAUCUUUAGGGCCAAAGCUGUUGACGUGUCCGAUCAUACAAUAACUCUUGAGCUCACAGGAGAUUUGGACAAGAUGGUUGCACUGCAGAGAUUGUUAGAGCCUUAUGGAAUUUGCGAGGUGGCGCGGACAGGGCGGAUAGCAUUGGUACGUGAAUCAGGCGUGGAUUCUAGGUAUCUCCGUGGAUAUUCAUUUCCUCUCUAAUUUGUGGACUAGAAAAAGUUCUAUUUGUAUUAUAGGUUAAUAGGAGUGCUCGUUCACACAAAGGAAAUUUUGUAGGUUUCGUAUGGAUUGUUUAGUUUGUGGAUUUUCUUCUGGUUUUAAUUGCUCUUGUUUUUCAACUCAGCAGUCGAACUUUGGAAUUAGUUUACCAACCAAAUUACUUGGUUAAAGCAAAUAAUGAAACAUGUUUCGGCUUGCUCUA